UCGACGGAGGAGCCAACAACUGGAAUAUAACAACCUUUCUGUGGAACUCUUUACCGACUGACGGCGCAGGCGGUGCUGGACGGUUAUAUCGCUUCAGCUGCCGCUUUCCUCUAAAGGAGCACAGCCGGGCUUGGGACGCUUAUUUGAGGAGGGGGGGGCGGGGGGGGAAUCAUUUUUUCCCCAGCCGGGGUCGGUUGGACUAUGGCGGACGACGACAUCCUCUUUGAAGAUGUGUACGAGCUCUGCGAGGUCAUCGGCAAGGGUCCGUUCAGCGUGGUCAGGAGAUGCAUCAACAGAGAGACGGGGCAGCAGUUUGCUGUCAAGAUCGUGGACGUGGCUCAGUUCACGUCCAGUCCAGGACUCAGCACAGAGGACCUGAAGAGGGAGGCCAGUAUCUGCCACAUGCUGAAGCACCCGCACAUCGUGGAGCUGCUGGAGACCUACAGCUCAGAUGGGAUGCUCUACAUGGUGUUUGAAUUUAUGGACGGAGCUGACCUGUGUUUUGAGAUCGUGAAGCGUGCAGAUGCUGGUUUCGUCUACAGUGAAGCGGUGGCCAGUCAUUACAUGAGACAGAUCCUCGAGGCUCUGCGCUAUUGCCAUGACAACAACGUCAUCCACAGAGAUGUCAAGCCUCACUGUGUGCUGCUGGCGUCCAAGGAAAACUCGGCUCCUGUCAAGCUGGGGGGGUUCGGAGUUGCCAUCCAGCUCGGAGAGUCGGGACUGGUGGCAGGAGGACGGGUAGGGACCCCCCACUUCAUGGCACCGGAGGUGGUGAAAAGGGAGCCGUACGGCAAACCCGUGGACGUUUGGGGCUGCGGCGUCAUCCUCUUCAUCCUCAUCUCGGGGUGUCUGCCUUUUUACGGCACCAAGGAGCGUCUGUUUGAGGCCAUCUGCAAAGGAAAGUACAAGAUGAAUCCACGUCAGUGGGGCCACAUCUCAGAGAGCGCUAAGGACCUGGUGAGACGUAUGCUGAUGUUAGACCCUGCUGAGAGGAUCACUGUGUACGAGGCUCUGAACCACCCCUGGCUCAAGGAGAGAGACAGGUACGCCUACAAGAUCCACCUGCCCGACACCGUGGAGCAGCUGAGGAAGUUCAACUCCAGGAGGAAGCUGAAGGGCGCCGUACUGGCUGCAGUGUCGAGUCACAAGUUUAACUCGUUUUAUGGCGACCCCCCCGAAGAGAUCCACGACUUCUCUGAAGACCCCACCUCCUCAGGACUUCUAGCAGCAGAACGUGCUGUGUCUCAAGUGUUGGACAGUUUAGAGGAGAUCCACGCUCUGACAGACUGCAGUGAGAAGGAUCUUGAUUUCCUCCACAGUGUUUUCCAGGACCAGCAUCUACACACACUGCUGGACCUCUACGAUAAGAUCAACACCAAGUCGUCCCCGAGCAUCAGGAACCCCCCGAGUGAUGCCGUGCAGAGAGCCAAAGAGAGUUCAUCCAGAGACGCAGCGAGUGGAGCUUUGAAACAUCUGGAAUAUGUUCUGGAAGAAAUCUCGUGCUACCCCGAGAACCACGAAGCUAAGGAACUCAGACGGAUACUGACCCAGCCGCAUUUCAUGGCCUUGCUGCAGGCCCACGACGUGGUCGCCCACGAGGUUUACAGCGACGAGGCUCUGAGGGUGACCCCCCCGCCCACCUCGCCCUACCUGAACGGAGACUCACCGGAGAGCACCAACGGAGACAUGGACCUGGAGAACGUCACCAGAGUCCGCCUCGUUCAGUUCCAGAAAAACACAGACGAGCCCAUGGGCAUCACGCUGAAGAUGAACGAAUUGAACCACUGCAUCGUCGCAAGGAUAAUGCACGGGGGAAUGAUCCACAGACAAGGGACGCUGCACGUCGGGGAUGAGAUCAGAGAGAUCAACAGCAUCAGCGUGGCCAACCAGACUGUGGAGCAGCUGCAGAAGAUGCUGAGGGAGAUGCGAGGCAGCAUCACCUUUAAAAUAGUGCCAAGUUAUCGGACGCAGGGCUCGUCGUGUGAGGUAACGCCUCCUCCUCCUCCUCUUCAUCCUCCCUCCUCUUCACUGCUGAUCAAAGAGUCCCCCAACACCUCCAGGCAGUCUCCUGCCAACGGUCACUCCAGCAUUAACAGUUCUAUCUUGGACCUGCCCUCCACCAUCCAGCCCAAAGGUCGACAGAUCUACGUACGAGCUCAGUUUGAGUACGACCCCUCCAAAGAUGAACUCAUCCCCUGCAAAGAGGCCGGCAUCCGCUUCCAGGUCGGGGACAUCAUCCAGAUUAUCUCCAAAGACGACCACAACUGGUGGCAGGGAAAGCUGGAGAACACGAAGAACGGCACGGCGGGCCUCAUCCCGUCACCGGAGCUGCAGGAGUGGCGGGUGGCGUGUAUAGCCAUGGAGAAGACGAAGCAGGAGCAGCAGGCCAGCUGCACCUGGUUUGGAAAGAAGAAGAAGCAGUACAAAGACAAGUAUCUGGCAAAGCACAACGCAGUGUUUGAUCAACUAGACCUGGUCACGUAUGAAGAGGUGGUGAAGCUUCCUGCUUUCAAGAGGAAAACGCUCGUGUUGUUAGGGGCUCAUGGAGUGGGAAGACGGCACAUCAAGAACACCCUCAUCACCAAACACCCCGACAGAUUCGCCUACCCGAUCCCACACACGACCAGACCGCCCAAGAAGGACGAGGAGAACGGGAAGAACUACUUUUUUGUGUCCCACGACCAGAUGAUGCAGGACAUCAGCAACAACGAGUACUUGGAGUACGGCAGCCACGAGGACGCCAUGUACGGGACGAGGCUGGAGACCAUCCGCAAGAUCCACCAGCAGGGACUCAUCUCCAUACUGGACGUGGAGCCUCAGGCCCUGAAGGUCCUGAGGACGGCAGAGUUUGCCCCAUACGUCGUCUUUAUCGCCGCGCCAACCAUAACGCCGGGGAUCAACGAGGACGAGUCUCUCCAGCGGCUGCAGAAGGAGUCUGAGAUCCUGCAGAAGACCUACGCCCACUACUUCGACCAGACCAUCAUCAACAACGAGAUUGAUGAGACCAUCAGGUACCUGGAGGAGGCCAUCGACCUGGUCUGCACCACUUCCCAGUGGGUCCCCGUGUCCUGGGUCUACUGAUCCACAUCGUCUCCACCCAGCUCCCCCCCUCCUCAGCGUUAGCACAUCGGACAUUUUUUCCUCUUUAGAAUAAAAAAAAAAAAAAAGAAAUCAAAACUUUUUUUGAUCAAACCCCCCCGUCAAAGAAUCCUCCUGAACGCUGCGCCGCCAUCCUGCAGCGGAUCAAACUGGGACUCGACAGACGACCUCGUCAUAGUGAUGUGUAAAAACAGAGUUAACAAACGUGAAUAUUGUCAUGUCUGUUUUAGAUAGGAGGCGACAUUUUUGUAGAUGUUUGUUUUAAAGAGACAGUACUGUGUCCGUCCUCCCACAAUCCUCUGUCACAGCAUUGUAGUCCUGUUGGGUGUUGUAGUUCUAAAAGACACUGUCGGUGUGUAUUCUGAAUUAAAAGCACACAAACACACUGCGAUGUCUUCUCACCUGUAGGUCAUUAUUUAUUCACCCCUGUUCUUUUUCGGACUCUCAGUAACAUCCUCACCUCUCCCACCAGGUACUGUCUCUUCUAAAUAAUAAAUCCAUUAAUGUUUUAGAGAUCUGAAUGAGGUUAUCAUGCAUGUGGACGUUUGCAAGCUUCAUGCUGUCAGUCAGUCAGUGUUCCCGUGUCCCCUCUGUGAACCUCCAACAAAGUAAAGAAGACUAAAAUAUAUAUGUAUAAAAAAAAACAUUCCAGCGGUUUGGAAGCUGAACUCCAGAGGAAGCACGGGGGUACAAGCGACGGAGCGGACGUCGACGUGACACCUAUGCACAUCCUUUGCAUUCGGGGUGACAUUUCUAAACCACAGAUUUACUAAGACAAGAAUCAAAGCCGAUCAUGUAGUGAGAUGUGUUUGUAAAACAAUGAAAUCGAAUAAAGCUCUUGAUUUUU